GCAUCAUCAGCAUCAUCAGCAUCCUCAGCAUCAUCACCAUCCUCACCAUCAUCAGCAUCCUCAGCAUCCUCAGCAUCAUCACCAUCCUCACCAUCCUCAGCAUCAUCAGCAUCCUCACCAUCCUCAGCAUCAUCAUCAGCAUCCUCACCAUCCUCAGCAUCAUCAGCAUCAUCAGCAUCCUCAGCAUCAUCACCAUCCUCACCAUCAUCAGCA